AUGGCUCACGAUGGUACCGGGAUUCACACCACAUUCGAGGGAGGGUCGAAUAGUACCCUUCAACAAGGUUCCUUCUCAGGUCAACAAAUAAAUCAUUUCCAUAUGGUAGAUGUCGCCUCAUCACUUCCCCGAUUACCUCUUCUUCCCUCCGCCAUCAUCCCAUUCCGCCGGGAUCGAGACUUCGUCGAGCGGCACGUCCUGAAGGAUCUUUGGCAACGAGCCAUCGAACCUGGGGGGCGUGUGGCAAUAGUAGGACUGGGUGGGAUCGGCAAGACACAGGUGGCAAUCGAGUAUGCCUACAGAGUUCAAGAAGAACUUCCCAAACCAUGGGUAUUCUGGGUGCAUGCGAGCAGUGCGAUUCGAUUUGAAGAGAGUUACAAGGAAAUUGCGCAGCGGCUGCAGUUGACCGGAUGGCAGGAACCCAAAGCGGACAUCCUGGGCAUGGUGCAUAACUGGCUCUCCGAUGAGAACAACGGUCGAUGGACGAUGGUGGUGGACAACGCCGACGACGAACAGGUCAUGCUCAACUCACGGAAGAGUGAAACCGAUUCAGAGGCCUCCGCAACUGUUCUCAGUGAUCGAUCGUUGGCUGACUACCUCCCAUCGUCGAGCAACGGGUCAGUUGUGAUCACCACGCGAAAUCGAAAGGUAGCGGAAGGACUGAUCGAAUACGCCGAGGACAUUCUGGAUCUUGGACCAAUGGAUGUAGACGUGGCGGUGGUUUUCUUAACGAAGAAGCUCAAGAAGUUGGAAGGAAUGUGCUCGCGGGAUGAUUUGACUGAUUUGGCUCGCCAAGUGGACUGUAUGCCGUUAGCGAUGAGUCAGGCGGCGGCAUAUCUAAAUCAAAGAGCACCCAGGAUGUCGCUGUCAAAAUACCUCUGGGAGCUAAGGAGCAGCGACGAAGGACGAGCUCGACUUCUACAGGCCGACAUUCGCGAUCCACGGCGGGACGGAAAAUCGUCGAACUCGAUCAUGACGACGUGGUACGUAUCGUACGAACAUAUACAACAUACACAUAACUCGGCGGCGCGCCUCCUCUCGCUGAUGAGUCUAUUCGACCGCGAAGGUAUCCCUGAUCACUUACUGCGAAGGCAAUAUCUCGAUAAAUGGCCCAGUGAGAAUGAGGAUAAGGACCAGACUCGGGAAAGGCAGAGUGAGAUGGACUUUGAAGACGAUGUUGCCACGCUCCGGAUGUAUAGCUUGAUCGGGACGGGAAUCAACGAGCAGCUGUUUGAGAUGCACCGACUAGUCCAAUUCUCGGUAAGAAAGUGGCUAGAAAUACGAGAUGAGCUCAAGUGGUGGCAGCGACGAUAUGUCGACGUUUUGGAGCAGAGGUUUCCGUUUGGUGACUACGAAAAUUGGUCUACGUGUCAGGCGCUUUUCCCACACGUUCAAAUGUUGAUCUCCUACAGUACAAACGAAGCGUCCUUUCGCCAAAAACGGGCAGUUCUUCUCUAUCGAGCAGCGCAGUACGCCACAGACCAUGGACUAUACGGGAUAGCAGAGAUGAUGGCAGGAAUAAGUGUAGCCGAACGAGAAGUUGUACUCGGCAAAGAUGGUACUCGUACAUUGUCUAGCAUGAACAUUCUCGCAUCGGUAUGGUGGCAUCAGGGAAAGUACAAGCAGGCAGAGGAAAUGCAUCGGCAAGCACUAACGGAGAGGGAGAAGCUACUGGGCGUGAAUCAUGAGAGCACAUUCAUGAGUAUGAAUGAACUGGCAUUAGUGCUAGGAAGUCAAGGAAAGUAUGAGCAGUCGGAGCCGAUGUUCCGACGAGUACUGGCAGGACUAGAGAAGGUACUAGGAGCGGAUCAUCUUCGGACUUUGACGGCUAUGAAUAAUCUGGGAGUAGUACUAGAAAAACAAGGGAAGUAUGAGCAGGCGGAGGAGAUGCACCGACGGGCACUAACGGAAGGAGAGAAGGUGCUAGGCGUGGAUCAUCCUCAUACAUUGAUAUGUCUGAAUAACCUGGGAGUAGUACUAAGAAAACAAGGGAAGUAUAAGCAGGCGGAGGAGAUGCAUCGACGGACACUGACGGGAGGAGAGAAGAUAUUAGGGACAGAUAAUCCCGCCACAUUAACAGUUAUGAAUAAUCUAGGAUUAGUGCUAACGCGUCAAGGAAAGGAUGAGCAGGCGGAGGAGAUGCACCGACGGACACUGGCGGGAAGAGAGAAGGUGCUAGGGAUAGAUGAUCCCGCCACAUUGAAGAGUUUGGAUAAUCUAGCAACCGUGGUAGGACGACAAGGAGAGUACGAGCAGGCAGAGGAGAUGUACCGACGGGCGUUAGUGGGAAAGGAGAAGGUUCUAGGCGUGGAACAUCUCGCUACGUUAAAAACCGUGAGCAAUCUUGCAUGGAUACUGCUACUACAAAAUAGGCACGAGGAGUCGGACGAGAUGAUUCGACGCACAUUGGUAGGACGAGAGAAAGUGCUGGGCGUGGAUCAUCCCGACACAUUGCUGGAUUUAUGGGUGCUUGCCGACGCCGCGUUCAAGAAGCAAGACCUACACGAGGCGCUGAAACUGUAUGAUCGUGCAACCAACGGGCUCACGAAAGCCCUCGGCGCAGAACAUCCCAGCACCCUGACAUGUCUGGCAGAGAGGGAGUCGUUGUUAGAGAAGAUGAACGCGUCCUGAACAGGAUUGACACGCCAACGAGCAAAGAUCCUUUACAUCCUAUUGAUUGAGUGCGAAUGAGAACGUGCAGAAGCAUGACACGAACUAGCAGUCGUUGUACUCCAUAAUUUGAUAAACGUCUUCUGCUCUUGAGUCUUGACGCUUUCUUGUUCUAUAUGUGUGCU